UGCGGUCGAGCCAGCACGUAAUAAAAACCGAUCCAAUUACAAUUGAAGUUUUUACGGUGUUGAUAAGAAAACAAUAGAGAGUGAGUUCUGUUUACCUAUAAUAAGCGUUGAUUUACAAAAUGCCUAAAGGAAAGAUAAAAUCAACGCAGAUCAGUGUUGAACCAGGGAAAAUGAAACAGAACGAAAAGACAAAAAGUCAAGUUAAAAACAAAAAUGGACAGAAAACUGGAGCAAUGAAAAAUUCAGUUUCCACCAAAAAUUGGGGAAAGCCACAGAAUACAGAUAAAGACCAACAAUUUGAUAUGGAAAGCUAUUGUGCAACUAAAGCCAUUGGUGAAAUGCAAAAGAGCUUCAAAGCAAUGGACAUAAAUGAAAAUAAAAAUACUAUCAUAACCAAAAAGGGGAAUAUUCUACAAGUUAUUCCAAAGGACGACAAAACGAAAUGUUUCUGCAAUGCUUAUAACAGAAAGCCCAAAAAAACAUGCUGUAGCAGUCUCCCAAAAAAAUAUCCUACAAUAACUAGCCCACCUGAAAAUAAUCCUGAAAAUCGUCAAAACGCUUGGUUGAAAAAGAAAGAAAUAAGCUUAGAACAAAUUAUGAUUGAAGAAAAAAUUAAACGUAGGCAAGAAAAGCUUAAGCAAGAAUCUUAUCCUGUCCAACAACAACCAAUGCUAAUAGCCAAGCCAAUAGAAAUUGUUGCAAAUCCCUCACUAAUCCAAGAAUUUACGUAUUCAUUUGGUUUAUUACCAAGUUACACUAAAGAUUUAUACAUUUUAGAGGACAUUAAUAGUCGUUCAAGUAGCUAUGAAACCAUCAGUAAUUCCUUCAAAAAAUCCAUGACUUCUUAUAAAAUCGCUUCAAUUAAAAAAGUGAUCAAUCCUUACCUACUUUUGCACUACAAACUCAGAAAACAAGCAAUGGGUAUUUGCAAGGAAUUACUUUUGUAUCACGGCACAAAAAUUGAAAAUAUUGACUCGAUUUGUGCAGACAAUUUCGAUUGGAGACUAGUGUCUAGGCACAAAUACGGAUGGGGAGUUUCGUUUUCUAGUUCACCAUACUAUGCCAGUCACUAUAGCGAUGAAACGGGUACAAUGAAAGCAAUGUUUGUCGUCCAGGUUUUAGUAGGACAGGAGUGGCGCGGAAAUUGCGAAACCGAAGUACCGAAAUCGCCCUUUGACACCACUACGGACCCCAACGAAAAAGUCUAUGUUAAAUAUGACGAUUGUUGUUUUUAUCCUGCUUAUGUUAUUUAUUAUACUUCCAAAUAAAGAUUUGUA